CCAUGGUCUCAGCUCUAAGUUUGAGUCUAGCCGUGUUUUGCUCGCUAAAUUGUUCAGCUGCAGCCACCAUUCCAGCCAAAGCCAAAGCCAUCAAAGGCUCAGCCUACAGAGACACCUGAUAGAUACCCAUUACUAUUUUCCUUGCCGUGUGGCUGUACCAAGAGUCUACAUUGAGCCAUGGAAGCAACAGCCAAGCAUAUGAACGCAGCCAAAGCUCAAUAUGAGCUUCUUCGCUGUCUCCCACCUCUUCUUCCUCUGGAAUUUUAGGGUUCGUUGACAAUCAAAAUGGAGAACAAGAAUCACCAGGUGGACUAUGUAUAUCAAUUUGAUGAUCUCAAUCAGAGGUUUCAGUCUCGCGGGAAACGAUUCUUUCGACCCUUGUCUCUCCGAACUCCAAUACUCUCAACACUUUUUGCAGUAACUCUCGUUCUGAUCGCCUUGGUCGAAGUCGCAUGUAGACGACUGCCCAGUUCGCAGAAUCGAGGAAUUGUUGCAACGCUGAACGGUGACACGUCCCCGGCUGUGGGAAGACGUUAUGUCCAGCUUGUGGAGAGACAGGUGGAGCGUCCAAAUGUUGAAGUCACCACAGUCCAGACGGUCUCUGGCGUCGAAGAAACUAUUGUUUUGAUAUCAGCAUGGACUACGACAACACCACUACCAAUAACAAGCUGUGCCACGGUGGAGGCUGAGUCAACAACAUCAUGUACUGUCAUAGAACCUCCUGUGAUAACCUCAGCAGCUCCAGGGAACUAUGCUUUGAUAGGAACAAGAACAAUUGGGAGGAAAGUGAUCUCGACCCAAAAUCCGGCACCCAUUGGAGCUCCAAGUCCGAUUGCAGAUCCGACCCCAAAUGCCCCAGCGCCUCCCACGAAUGCGCAACCGACUCCAGUGGUGGUUCCUGGAGUUCAAGAGAGUCAGCCUGUAGCAACGCCUCCUGCAGACCCUGUUACGUCUAUCGUUCCAGAAUCAUUCGACUCUGUUGGCAAUUAUGUUCCUCCAGCGACUUCAGUCAUCACGCCAGUGGCUUCAGUGUCACCUCCACAUACGACAAUCCCCGCCACAUUCAGCGCCGGAGCUAGUUCUGCGAGAGUAUCGACUCCCACUAGAGUCGGAAACACUGUUGUCAUCUCUGGCAGUACUGUCGUCCUUCUCCCGACCGAUGCACCUGUAUCUGGAAACACAGAAGAUGUCGUCUACUACUUUUCGAAGAGAGAUUACAUCCUUGGAGCAUUCGUCCCCACGAUUAUUGCAGUCCUUUUCAGCAUUCCAUGGGGUAUCGUGGAUACUGCAGCCAAGGAGAUGGAACCAUUUGUGAGGCUGGCCAGCGAAGACGGGGCUCCAGCUCGAUUCUCCCUGUGCUUGGACUACCCCGGGGAUCUCCUGAUUGUAUCGCCAUUCAAGUCCCUAUGGCGACGACAUUGGAUCAUAUUUCUGACGUCGAUGAUGAGUCUCGGAUCAUUGCUCUUAGCCCCCCUGGCGUCAGAAACAGUGUUCAUUUCUUUACAGGGCACAUGUAAUGCAGAAACGGCAGGCGAGCUGUGCAUUCCAACGUUGAGCGUCUAUCCCCCAGCUGCAAGAGUACUCCAAGGACUUCUUGCGCUGCUUGCGAUAUUUCUUCUUCUGGUUAUCAUAUUCGCUCGUCGGCGAUCGACGGGCGUAUAUGCCAAUCCUCUCAGCCUUGCCGCUGUGGCGACUAUUUUCCAUCAUCCCCGUCUGGUCGAUGUCUUCCAGAACAUACCAUCCACCCUCCAAGAGAAGGAACUCAACAUGUUCCUGAACGGGCACAGUUAUGAGAUGGGAUACUAUCAAAAUAACCAAGGAACUGCGUACGGGGUUCUUGUUGACCCCAAGGAAGAAGGCGAACCACCAGGAUACACCUACAUUAACCUAAACGAUGGGAUGUCACCCAGGCCUCAAUCAGCGGGAAAUCAAGCUCGAAAGAUGAAACGCGCUGCGCAAGUCUUGUUCUUCGCACUCGCUCUUGGCGCGCUUGCCGCUGUUGUGCUAUGGUACCGCUUCGCUGCCUCUGACAAUGCCAUCUUUCGAUUUAUGGAGAGCCAAAGCUUUGGUGUUCGUUUCUUGUUCACGGCCUUUGGUGUUCUGAUCCGAUUGUUCUGGGAUUACGCACGAACUGCCAUCCAUAAACACGAGCCUUAUUACAACCUAAAUAAAGGAGCACCUGCAGCAUCUACGGUGCUCUUAACACCAUCGCCUAAUCCUAUUCCUGGGAUGUUCCGAGCGCUCCGCCGCCUUGCAUUCUUCCAAUUCAUCAUCGAUCUCUCGACAGUUCUCUGCGACCCUCUCACAGUCUCACUCGGAAACGUCCCAUUCAGCUCCGGGAUGACAUACGAAACAUUCAUUAUUUGCGUCUGGAUAUGUAUCUCGAUCCUAGGCUUCAUGUUGCUCACGUUGCUGGUUGUCUUGGUCAGAAUUGGUCGCUUUGGUGGUGAAGUGAAAGUUCCCAAUACGCUGGGUGGCAAGAUGAAGCUAUUGGCUGGAAGUCAUAUGGUGGAGCGGUUCCGUGAUCUGGGCGAUAUGGAUACGGAGACGAGAGAUGAUCUUGUGAAAAGAUGGGGAUGCAAGUACAGGAUAGGCACAGUAACAGGUAUUGAUAGGAUUCGGCGUGAGGGUGUUGACUUUGAAGAGUUUGUGGAGAUUUGAUACGUAGCUCCAGUAAUGAGUAAUGGUAUUAUCGUUAAAUCUGA